AUGAUCCCCGACCUCUUCACGUCGCCGCCGCCCGUGAGGGAUGAGCUGCAGUCCGCGACGACCGUGUCCCAGGAUGACACGGUGGACCUCUGCCUACCGUUCCUGUCGGGGGAGAAGAACGACGGCUGCAAUGGCUACGGCGUGCCCCGUCUCGACCGGGAGAGGCACAUCAGGUUUCUACACAAGCAGAUGGGUGGUUUCCCAGCCCCCUUCGUCGCUGCAGAUGCCAGUCGGCCCUGGUUCCUCUUCUGGUCUCUGAAUGGGCUGAGUAUGCUGGGCGAGGACGUGUCCUCCUAUCGGCCCUCCUUGAUCGACACCGCUCGUUCCAUGCAGAACGACACGGGCGGCUUUGGCGGCGGCAACGGUCAAAUGUCACACCUGGCGACCACCUACGCCAUGGUCCUGGCCCUGACUCUCGUGGGAGGGGACAGCGUCUAUGAAGUCGUGGACAGGCGAGCAAUGUGGAAAUGGCUUUGUGCCCUGAAGCAGCCAAACGGCGGGUUUCAGAUGGCUGUUGGAGGAGAAGUGGACGUCAGGGGCGCGUAUUGCGCAGCGGUGGUGAUCUCCCUGUUGAACCUCCCAACGAAUUUGACCCCCGAGUCCCUGGCAUGGACCCCCGAUCAUCCCACACUAUUCACGAAGCUGCCAGAGUACGUUCAGAGAUGCCAAACAUUCGAGGGAGGGAUAUCGGCCCACCCGGGUGCUGAAGCACAUGGUGCAUAUGCCUUUUGCGCGCUAGGCUGUCUUGCCAUUCUGGACUCUCCCGACCGCAUCAUUCCGAGAUACCUUGAUGUUCCACGACUCAUCUCUUGGCUGUCCUCGCGCCAGUAUGCCCCCGAGGGGGACAUGGGCAGUACGAUGCUCAGCGCUGGCGGGCAGCCUUACCUUAACACCUCGUGGUCGGUCACGCCUUACCUCGACGAAGCGCAGGUCUUUGACGAGCAGGAUCGCCUCGUUCCGUUGCACCCGCUCUACGCACUUCCGGUCGGUCGCGUCGCGGAUAUAAAGCGGUACUUCGACGCGAAGCCAGGGUUCUAG